GCGGACGGCUGCUCCUUUUCUAUACUGUCUGCUGCUUGUACUGGAUCUUACGUGAGUGGCUCCUUCCACCUUCGACUCGGACCAGCUUUUUAUGGCAAAAGGCGGUCGUCGUCUUUCUCUUGUGCGUCCCCCUAUUACUUUUUAAAAAUUCCGCCUAAAAAGAGAAGACGCUUUACCAAAUCUUUUGGGCCGUUAUCUCACGGCAGAAUUUCUGUUCGGGUGUAUAACAAUUAUCCAGAAGGUCUGGGAGUAACACUCUACCGAGAGCAGUUCGACUUUAACGCCGAGCCACCUUGGGACCCCAGCUGAUAGUGGUGGUGUUCCAUCUCCCGACUUGUCCAUUUUGUUGCAUAUUUUAAGAACCCCGAUAUUGAAGGCUCUGUGAGAACCUUCACUUGGUGUUUGGUUUAGGACUGUUGGCUUUGUGGAUCACUGAAAGAUGAAAGGUUUUGUUGAACUAGAAGAGAGCUACCCCUUUGACCUUCUGGAGGAAAAAACUACCCUUAACGAUGUUAUUGACAACCAUAUCCGUGAGCAUACGCUUGAGCAAACUGAAAGGAAUGCAUUCUUUGUUGCUGAUCUUGGGAAUGUUGUAAAGAAGAACAUUCGAUGGAAGAAUGUGAUGACACAUGUGAAACCAUUUUACACUGUUAAGUGUAACAGCAGUCAAUCUGUAAUUGAAGUUCUGGCAGCUCUUGGAACUGGUUUUGCUUGUGCAAACAAGAAUGAAAUAACACUUGUGCAAAGCUUGGGUGUAACAUCUGAAAAUAUCAUCUACACAAACCCAUGCAAGCAAGUCUCCCAGAUUAAGUAUGCAGCCAAAAAAGGAAUAAACAUCAUGAGUUGUGAUAACAAUGUUGAACUUCUGAAAAUUGCACGUAACCAUCACAGUGCCAAGCUCUUGGUAGACAUUGCAACUGCUGAUUCAUGUGAAGAAAAUGAGAUGAGUCUGAAGUUUGGAGCUACUUUGAAGGACUGCAGACAUCUGUUGGAAUCUGCAAAAGAACUAGGGGUUCAGGUGGUUGGUGUCAGGUUUCAUGUUCCAAGCUCAAACAGCAAUACGGAGGCAUAUUUACAUGCUUUGGCUGAUGCUCGAUGUGUCUUUGAUAUGGCUGCAGAGCUUGGUUUCAACAUGAAUCUGCUUGACAUUGGAGGUGGAUUUUCUGGAACAGAUGGGGAAUUACAGCUUGAAAAGGUUUGUGACACCAUUAAUCCACUGCUUGAUAUUUACUUCCCUUCUGAAAGUGGCAUUAAAAUUAUUGCUGAACCUGGUAGCUACUAUGUGAAUUCUGCAUUCACUCUUGCAGUUAACAUUGUAGCCAAGAAAGCUGUUGCAAGAGAUUCACAGAAUCAGUCUGAAGUGGUUGUGUCCUCCGUGAAUGAUGAACCAUUCUUCAUGUAUUACAUCAGUGAUGGUGUUUAUGGCUCCUUUGCAAACAACUUGUAUGGAACUGUGAAUGCCAUUCCAAUUCUUCACAAGAAACCUAAUUCAGGAGAGCCUGUGUUUGCCAGCAGCCUGUGGGGACCAUCCUGUGAUGGGCUUGAUCAAGUUGUGGAACACUGUCUCCUACCUGAACUAAGUGUUGGUGAUUGGGUCAUCUUUGAAAACAUGGGUGCGUACACAUUGGAGCAGUCUGCUUUCAGUGAGUUCCAGAGGCUACCAGUUUACUGUGUGAUGUCAAUCAGUGAUUGGUAUUGGAUGCAGGAAGUUGGUUUAACCUUGGAAACAUCUGUGAAGAACUUCUCUUGUGUGCCUUCUUGUUUUCAGCUGAGCCAAGAAGGUGGCUUUCCAGCUGCAAGUUUGUCUGGCAUCAGUGCUUAAGUUACUGAAUUUUGCAGUUCUGUUCAAUCGCAUGUCUGGUUGACAUUCCAACAUGGAAGAAAACCAGUGGAACAAUCCUGCUUUGUUUUUAUUUUUUUUGGUUAAAUUUUAACUCGAACACUUGAAAUAGUUAAUCGGGACCAGGCAGAAAUCAGCUAGAAUAACUACAAGUGGUCAUGUGGAAAAAUUAACAUUUUAACCAUCUGAAAUGAAGCCUGCGAGUUGAUGUAACUUUUUACUUUCUCUUUCUCCCUCCCCACCCCCCCGCCCCACCUUCCCCCACAAACCAACAAUAAAAUAUGCAACAAAAUGGAUGACUUGGAAGAGGUGGAAACCUAUCACUGGGUUCCCUGCUUAAACAGUUUACAUGUUCACAAUUUUUAUACAGAUAUUCUUAUUAUAGAUGUCUUGAGGUUUUUUUUGCCCAUUUAACAGAAUAACCAGAGCAGUUUGACUUGAUGUGUAAAAUGUUUAGGAUGUGUAAAAUAUGUGCUUUGUUCUGUAGUUAAUAAAUGUAAAAUUGCAGCAAACUUUAUAUGAUCUAUUGUCCCUGUUUUGAUUUCCAAUAAAAUUAUAUAGCUUCA